GUGUAUCUAGAACUGCCAUCGCUCUUCCCUUCCCUUUCCUGUCACCGCAACGCUUUGGCAGGCCAGAUGGAGUCUGCCUUUAAGCUUAGUCGCUUUUGUUAGACCCAAGAUCAGAUUCCAGAGCCUCACGCUGUCCAGCAUAGAUCCUAGUGUUUCCAGCUCGGGAAGCUGAUGGUGAGAAUGCAAAUGACCAAAGGAAGGACCACGCCCGUGACCUGCCAGUAGAAAAUGGGUUAGCGACUGCGAUGUCGCGCUACAGGUGACUCGCUGCGGUGUGUCCGUGGAAGCACGCCAAGGGUAGAGGACCGUGCAGGGGCGUGGAAUGGCACUGUCUUGUCACAGGGGUUCGAGAGUCUUAGGCGACCGGGUGGGGUGUGGCAUCAAAAGGGACACUGCUUAGGGAGCGAAAGAAACUCCUAUGGCCGGGUAGAAGAAGAGUCCAGUCCGUCAAGGUCUAAAAGACAGAAGUAGGUUAGAACCGACCCCUACUCAGUGCCUCGCCUCGCCCUGCACUUUUCCUAGGGAGGGAGUUCCGUAACGGAUUCACUCCUGUGGACGCGGCCAAAUGCUCUUCAGAUCAGAGGCCCAGGUCCAGUGCGAGCUCGCACCUAGCGAGACCCCCUACCAGGAGUGCCCCACCCCUAGCAUUGUCUUCCUGCCCCACUAGCCCGGACUACAAUUCCCGAAAUGCGCCGCUCCGGAGAGGCGGGGCCCUCGGGCUUCGGGGCGGGACUGGCACGUGCGGUCACCCGCAGCCAAUGCGGUGCGCCUGGUCCGGGUCACGUGCCGCUGUUUGGCGCUUUUGUGCGCGCCCAGGUCUGUUGGUUCUCAGAGUGUGGCCAGGCGGCUCGGACUGAGCAGGGCUUUCCUUGCCAGUGGAUUGUGUAGAGUGUACAGCCAGUCUCUUGUCUUCUGUCCAACAUGGCAUCUUCUGAUAUUCAGGUGAAAGAGCUGGAGAAGCGUGCUUCCGGCCAGGCUUUUGAGCUGAUUCUCAGCCCUCGAUCAAAAGAAUCUGUCCCCGAGUUCCCCCUUUCCCCCCCAAAGAAGAAGGAUCUUUCCCUGGAGGAAAUUCAGAAGAAAUUAGAAGCUGCAGAAGAAAGACGCAAGUCUCAUGAAGCAGAAGUCUUGAAGCAGCUCGCUGAGAAGCGGGAGCAUGAAAAAGAAGUGCUCCAGAAAGCCAUUGAGGAGAACAACAACUUCAGCAAAAUGGCAGAGGAGAAACUGACCCACAAAAUGGAGGCUAACAAAGAGAACCGGGAGGCGCAAAUGGCUGCCAAGCUGGAGCGUUUGCGAGAGAAGGACAAGCACGUUGAAGAGGUGCGGAAGAACAAAGAAUCCAAAGACCCCGCGGACGAGACCGAGGCUGACUAAGUUGUUCCGAGAACUGACUUUCUCCCCGACCCCUUCCUAAAUAUCCAAAGACUGUACUGGCCAGUGUCAUUUACUUUUUCCCUCCUGACAAAUAUUCUAGAAGCUGAUGUAGGACCGUAUAGGUAGAUCCAGACCGUGAGAUGUUUUAGGGGCUCAAGGGGAGAAACUGAAAGUGUUUUGCUCUUUUUUAAAGUGUUGGUCUUUCUAACGUAGCUAUUUUUCUCGUUGCAUCUUUUCCUCUCGGGCACACUCGGUGUGCUGGGUUAAUGGCUAGUGCUGUAUUGACUGUGGAAGACGUUCGUGAAGAGUAUGUAGUGGCUUCUUCCAACCCAUUAGAUGCUGAGUAUCUGUUCACUUUGCGAUCCCAAUUCUGUCCCAAUCUCACCAGAUGCUACUGUACUUGAAUGGUUAAUAAACUGCACAGUGCUGUUGGUC